CUAAUCUACCAAUUUUAUUAUAGGGGACUUUAGGGACAUAGGCGCCUAGAAUAUAGCGCUUGACCUAGGUAAUCCCCACCUUAGGCCGUGAUCGGCGACUUAUCUCUCCGGCUUCUUCCAUUAAGUAUCGUUCCAUCACCGAGCUCCCCUCACCGAUAGCAGAUUUCCGGAUUUGGGACUGUCAAAACCAUACGAACCCCAUUGUAUUCGUCAAUUUGUCUCAAUCGCACUUCAAUUGACUUUCAAUUGACCCAAAAUGAAGUCCUCACGAGUCCUAAUCCGAGCCCGAAAGGGCGUCCCCGCGUUCGGUACCCCUCGGCAACAAGCUUGUCUAUUCACUCAAACCACCACAUCCUCCUCUACACGAAGCAGCCCUUCAGCAACAACACUUUCCUCACGAGCGAGUCUUCGACACCAUGUCCUACCCUCAUCACGCACAACAAUGCCUGUCCGAAGCUAUGCCUCGACGAAAACUCCCGAAGCUCUGAACAAGACGCCGCUGUUCGACCUCCACGUCGCGCGUGGCGCGAAAAUGGUGCCCUUCGGCGGUUUCCACAUGCCGGUUCAAUACGCAGACCAAAGCGUCAGCGCCUCGCACCACUUCACGCGGAGCCACGCCUCGCUCUUCGACGUCGGACAUAUGGUACAACACCGUUUCGAAGGACCCGGCGCCGGGUCUUUCCUUCAACGUAUAACACCCGCCGGUAUCGACGCACUACCAAUUAACGGAAGUACAUUAAGCGCAUUGCUUUGGCCUGGGACUGGGGGGAUCGUGGAUGAUACGAUUAUCACGAAACUUGGGGAGGACGAGUUUUACGUGGUUACGAAUGCCGCGUGUAGGGAUAAGGAUCUGGCGUAUUUGGAACAGCAGUUGGCGCAGUGGGAGAAGGAGGGGAGGGGCGAGGUUAGGCAUAAAGUACUUGAUGGCUGGGGACUGGUUGCGGUGCAGGGCCCGCUUGCUGAGGAGGUACUUGGGUUGAUACUAGAGGAACCGACAGAGGCUGAUAUUCGGAACUUGUUCUUUGGACAGUGUUGCUUCGUUAACGUUAAAGUUGAUGGAGGUCGGAUCGUGCCGGAUGUGCUUGUUAGUCGCGGAGGGUACACGGGUGAGGAUGGGUUUGAAAUCUCGAUACGGCCGGAGGAUACUGUGGCUGUGACGGAGACACUCCUUAAUACUUCUGGAUCCGAGAAGUUAAAGCUAGCGGGUCUAGGUGCCCGGGAUAGUCUACGCUUGGAAGCGGGUCUGUGUCUUUACGGGCAUGACUUAGAUGAUAGCACGACGCCUGUUGAAGGUGCGCUGAGCUGGAUCAUCGGCAAGGAGAGGCGUAUCGAGACGGAUAUCGAGAAAGGCGCAUUCUACGGCGCGGAUAUAAUUCUCAAACAACUGACGCCUAAGAGCAAGGGUGGAGCAGGUGUUGAGAGACGCCGUAUCGGUCUCGUAGUCGAAGGUGCUCCCGCGCGAGAGGGUGCUGACAUUGUGGACGCUGAAGGUCAGAAGGUUGGUUCCAUCACAAGUGGAUGUCCGAGCCCGACGCUAGAGAAGAAUAUUGCCAUGGGGUACAUCAAGGACGGACUACAUAAAGCUGGUACCGAGGUUAGUGUCGUGGUCCGUGGCAAGACGCGUAAAGCGGUUGUUACCAAGAUGCCGUUUGUACCGACCAAGUACUGGAAGGGUCCUUCAACGAAGGCCUAAGGGGGGUGUGAGAUUUUUAAUAUCUCAUCCUUUUCCCAUAUUCGUGCUUGUUUAACAUGGGUACUCGCUGUUGUCAUUGCGGUGACUUGGAGACAUAGAAAAAGGGUGGGUAUGGGAUGUAUAUAUGAGUAUGUACGUAUGAGUUUGGGCACCAGGCGGGUAGGCAUUAGGCAUCUGAGAACUUCAACAGCAGCAUUCUAGGGCGUCAAGGGGAUACCCAAAUAGGUAGAUACAUGACUUCAACGAAGAUCUACAAUUUAUAAA